CUCACUCUUUUGUUUUCUCUUCCGAUACAGAGGAAAAGGAAAAGAGAACCCCAAAAACUCUCUCUCUCUCUCUGUCUGUGUCUCUUUUUUCUCUCUGGGUGUCUUUCUUUGUUUGGAGCAGUACGAGGAGCUUCAGAGUUCAGAGGCCAACAACGUGAAGUAGAUAUUGGGUAUUUGCAAAGAUAAUCUAGUGGGUUUCCUUAACUUCACUGGGUUUAUAUAUAUUGGAAGUCCUGGGGAUUGGGAGUUGGUACUUUGUGUGCAAAAUUUGGAUAUUGAUCAUAAGAGAGUGAAGAGUGGUGACGUCAACGUUAACUGGGUUGUGAAUGGGAAUGUUUGAGGAAAUGGGGUUUUUUGGAAAUCUUGAAUUUCUUUCGGCUCCUCCUGGGGAAGGGGAAGCACUUCCUGAGCAUGAACCAGAGGCGACGGUGGAGGAGGAUUAUAGUGAUGAUGAGAUGGACGUUGAUGAGCUUGAGAGGAGGAUGUGGAGAGACCGGCUGCUGUUGAGACGCCUCAAAGAACAGAGUAAGGGAAAGGAGGGAGCUGACAAUGCAAAGCAGCGCCAAUCCCAGGAGCAAGCCCGGAGGAAGAAGAUGUCCCGUGCACAAGAUGGUAUCCUGAAAUAUAUGCUGAAAAUGAUGGAAGUUUGUAAAGCUCAAGGUUUUGUGUAUGGGAUUAUUCCUGAGAAGGGCAAGCCGGUGAGCGGAGCCUCCGACAAUCUGCGAGCAUGGUGGAAAGAAAAGGUCCGGUUUGAUCGUAAUGGUCCUGCUGCAAUUGCCAAGUAUCAGGCGGAUCAUUCAACCCUUGGUAAGAAUGAAGACUGCAGUGCAGUGGCAUCCACUCCUCACACCUUGCAGGAACUCCAGGACACUACUCUUGGCUCACUUUUGUCAGCUUUGAUGCAGCACUGUGAUCCGCCUCAGCGGCGUUUCCCAUUGGAGAAGGGUGUUUCCCCGCCAUGGUGGCCGACCGGGAAUGAGGAGUGGUGGCCUCAACUGGGUUUGCCUAAAGAUCAGGGGCCUCCCCCUUAUAAGAAACCUCAUGAUCUGAAGAAGGCUUGGAAGGUGAGUGUUCUCACAGCUGUAAUUAAGCACAUGUCCCCUGACAUUGCCAAGAUCCGGAAGCUUGUUCGUCAGUCAAAAUGCCUGCAAGACAAGAUGACUGCCAAGGAGAGCGCCACUUGGCUUGCCAUUAUAAACCAGGAAGAAGCUCUGGCCAGAAAGUUGUAUCCUGAUAGAUGUCCUCCUGUGUCAGCUGGUGGGAGUGGAUCUUACAUAAUCAGUGAUGCUACAGAUUAUGAUGUUGAAGGAGUGGAUGAUGAAGAAAAUGUUGAAGCAGAGGACUGCAAGCCCCUCGAAGUCAAUCUCAUCAAUUUGGGGGCUGCUGGACCAAGAGAUCAUAGGCUUAUGAUGCCCCCAGUGGAUCCUCAAAUCAAGGGAGAGCUCAUUGAGAUCAACUCAGAUUUCACUCAAAAAAGGAAGCAACUGGCUGAUGAUCAUCCACCAAUGAUAGUGGAUCAAAAGAUCUUUACAUGUGAGUACUCUCGAUGCCCGUACAACGAUUACCGCCUUGGGUUUCUUGACAGGAAUUCGAGAAACAAUCACCAAAUGAAUUGUCCGUACCAGAGUACUAACUCUUCCCAAGUGUUUGGAAUGCCAAACUCUCAAAUCAACGAUGACAAGCCAACAGUUUUCUCUCUACGCUAUGCUCAACCUAAGCCAGCCUAUGUUUCGGGACUUGGACUUCCGGAAGAUGGACAGAAGAUGAUCUCUGAGCUCAUGUCAUUCUAUGAUACUAAUCUUCAGAGUGACAAAAGCAUGAAUCCUGGGAACCUCAAGGCUCCUGAAGACCACCACCACCAUCACCAGCAGCAGCAGCAGCAAAAAUUUCAACUUCAGAUGGACGAUAACUAUUUCAGCCAGGGAGUUAUGAUGGGAGGCAACAUGUCUGCUGGAGAAACAACCAACAUGUCCAUGCAUCAUCACACUGUGCUUCCAACAACAGAAAUUCAGUUUGAUCAGUGCAAGGCAUUUGAUCCCCCAUUUGAUAACAACCCCACUGAUAAUAUAGUGGACUUCAGGUUCAGCUCUCCUUUUAACCUGGGAUCUGUUGAUUAUGCAGUGGACUCUUUGCCAAAGCAAGAUAUCCCCUUGUGGUACCUUUGAAGAAAAAAAAAAAUGGCAGAAAUUCUAUCUUAGGCCUUCUCUUAUUGACCAUGUGUUGAAGGGCGCAAACUAAUCUCUACUAAGUUGUGCUCUGGAUCCAAUGAAGCUUCUUGGACCCUUUCUCAUCAUGAAAACCUAGUUUUGUAAUAUAUAAGCUUGUUUAUUAGAUGUUUUAACCCACAUGAACUUGGGGCAAGUCGUGCGAGUCUAGGGCGUUAGGAUGCUUUCAGCGCAGUACUGAAGGGCCAAUAAAGAACUGGGGAAGUAUUAGUCCAUUGUUCUGUACUGUCAUUGAAAUGUUUAGAAGCAUGUGCAUCUUCCUGUUGUUGCAACCAUGUUAUAUAAUAUACACAUAUACAGCUGCUUGUUUUA